AUGGAGAUUGAGAAAAUUUUGAUGGUUAAUGGAAAAUCUCUAAAGGAUUUUUCUGGAAUGCCUCAUGUUGAAGCUAAUACAUUAACUGAGUAUGGCAAUGUAUUGCUACUCAAUGAGUUGAAUUUUGAUGUUGUUGAGAUGAGCAACUUACACGAUGAAUGCUUUAGCAAGUUGAAUGAUGGCCAAUUGAAGAUUUAUCAAGAAAUUAUAACUGCUAUCAAUGCAAAUAAUGGUGGUUUUUUCUUUGUAUAUGGAUAUGGAGGAACCGGAAAAACUUUUCUAUGGAAAACUUUGACCUAUAAACUAAGAUCUCAGAAACAGAUUAUACUAAAUGUUGCAUCAAGUGGAAUAGCAUCCCUUUUACUACCAGGUGGUCGAACAGCACAUUCAUUAUUUUCAAUUCCCCUUUGUUUGAACGAGGAUUCAUGUUGUGGGAUACCUCAAGGAAGUCCAAAAGCUGAACUGUUACAACUUGCUAGCCUAAUCAUUUGGGAUGAGGCCCCGAUGGUUAGUCGCUAUGCUUUUGAGGCCUUAGAUAGGACUUUGCGGGACAUCAUGAGGUUCAAAAUCCAUAAUAGUUCUGAUAAACCAUUCGGUGGAAAGGUUGUUGUGUUGGGAGGUGAUUUUAGGCAAAUUCUACCAGUUAUUCCCAAAGGUAGGAGAGCCGAGAUUGUUAUGUCAACCAUUAACUCUUCAAGGCUAUGGAGAUUUUGCAAAGUUCUUAAUUUAACCCAAAACAUGAGGUUGACAACUAGCACAUGUGAUGGGGAUAAUGAGGAAGUUAAACACUUUGCAAAAUGGGUUUUAGAUAUGGGGGAUGGUAAGUUGGGUGAUUAUAAUGAUGGCGAGUCUAAUGUUCAAAUUCCGAAAGAUUUGUUAAUAUAUCAAUCUUCCAAUCCUAUUGCAGACAUUGUUCAUUUAAUGUACCCUGACAUUGUUCAAAAUGUGGGUUGUGUCAAAUACUACUCUGACAAAGCAAUUCUUGCUCCCACUUUAGAUGCUGUUGAUUCAAUUAAUCAAUAUGCAUUGUCAUUAUUUCCUGGAAAUGAGAAAACAUAUCUUAGCUCAGAUUCGGUAUGGAGAGUUGAUGAAGAUGUUGGAAUUGAAGCUGAUUGGUUAACUACUGAAUUUUUGAAUGGUCUUAAAUGUUCUGGUAUGCCUGAUCACAAGUUGGUUCUAAAAGAAGGUGCACCCAUCAUGCUCAUGCGAAAUCUUGACAUUUCCACUGGUUUAUGCAAUGGUACAAGACUUAUUGUUGACUACCUUGGUCCAAAUGUAAUUGGUGCUAUUGUUCUUUCUGGCACACAUAUUGGAAAGGUUGUAUACAUUUCUAGGAUGAAUUUGAUGCCAUCUGAUGAAAGCAUGCCUGUGAAGUUUCAAAGAAGACAAUUUCCUUUGAUUGCAUCCUUUGCAAUGACAAUAAAUAAAAGUCAAGGGCAAUCAUUAUCUCAAGUUGGUGUUUAUCUACCAAAGCCUGUUUUUUCCCAUGGCCAGCUCUAUGUUGCUAUUUCUAGAGUUAAGAGCAGAGCUGGUUUGAAGAUAUUAAUAUGCAAUGAAGAUACAAGCCAACUAGAUGUUACAAAAAACAUUGUCUUCCAGGAAGUUUUCCAAAAGAUUUACAACACAUAG